UCGGGGCCACCGUAGAAGCUCCAACUGACUCCCAUGUCACGUGACAGGAAAAAUGUCAACAUCACUGAGCUCUGAGCUGUGGAACCGAGGUUUAACCACUGUUGCGUCACGUUUUGCUGUAUUUACACGAAAUAAUGUGAAUUACCUUCCACUCCACUGAGUCAGAACUGUAUGUCAGCUGUUGUUUCUUCAGCUGUCACUGCGCAGGUUCCAGGAUGGCUGUGGCUCACCCAGGCCAGUCCUCCCUUGUGCACUGCUUGGCCACCCUACUUCGCAGUAAUGGUGACAUGGUUCUGGACGGCAGCAGCACACUGACUCUCCCAGCUUGCACACUGCAGCAGCUCACCAGGCUCUUUGAGCAGUACUUGCUGUCCAGGAGCCAGCAGCACGGCUUCUUGGCACUUCCCUCCCACCCGGCCGACACUUCCUCUCUGCUACAGCUGCAGUUCCUGUUUGACGUGCUGCAAAAAACAGUCUCUCUCAAGCUCAUCCACCCACCAGGCAUGCGACUGGAGUCAGCAGUGAAAAUCUUCCCUUUCAAGUCUCUCAAAUAUUUAGAGCUAAAGAGAAUCCCGCCACACCUCCUUGAGGGACUCCGAGGAGUUUAUUCCCAGCUCGAAGUCUUCACCUGCUCAAAGAGCCUCAGCUCCCUGGAGGAGCUGCUCUCUCUGUGCGGAGGUGACCUGAGCUCUGCACUGCCUUGGCUGGAGCUCCACACCCUGAAUUUCAGCUACAAUUCCAUCGCCUGCCUUGACCAGUCUCUGAGUUUGCUAAACGUCCUGAAAUCGUUGGAUCUAAGCCAUAACAAGAUUCAAGAGUGUGAGGAAUUUCUAAAGCCCCUGAGUGAACUGGAACACCUAAACCUAGGAUACAACUGCCUGCAGAGGGCACCAACGCUCGGCCACGCCGCCCGGGCCAAGCUGCACACGCUUGUCCUCAGGAACAACGAACUGGAAACCAUUAACGGUGUGGAACAGUUGUCUUCGCUCCAGCAUUUGGACCUGGCCUACAACCUGCUGCUGGAGCACUCCCAGCUCUCUCCUCUCUCCCUGCUGCACUGCCUCAGUACUUUAAACCUGGAAGGGAACCCGCUGUGCUUCCAGAAAACUCACCGUACCGCCACUGUUCGACAUCUGUCCCCAAAAGCUGCCAACCUCAGGCUCAGACUUGAUGGAACCCCGCUGUCCUAUGCUGAAUUAUCAGUUCUACCCAAAUCCAGUAAGUUGGUCAUCCAAAUACAGACAUCUGUGCCUCCUGUUUGGGAUCCACCUGAACGCACCAACCAGGAGCCUUCGAGUGGAGCGGGGGAGCUGAGCGACAGCCUGUCCGUGACAGAAGCCGGGAUGUCACGGUUUAGAAGGAAGAAAUCCAGAAGUAAGGUCAAAGUGCGGAGAGCCAGCAUAUCAGAACCAAGUGAUACCGAUUACGAGCCCAGGCCCUUUUCCUCUGCACAGGACAUCGUUCUUCCCCACCGACAGGAGAUCGAGCGCAUGUCCAGCUUCAGAGAUCAGCUGGGAGAGGACUGGCUGAGAUACCAGCACCAUCUAGAUGGAGGAGCACCCGCUGUUAUCCCCACGAGCCAGCCCGCUUCUCAGACUCUAACCAAUAGCGUCGAUGCCUCCAAAACACAUUUGCCUAAUGAUCCUCCUGCGGAGGUCCCGGAUGUUCUGCCACCGCCGCUCCUUUCCUCUGAGGCAAAGCAGCCGGACACAGAGUCCACGUUACAGUGGACUCAGCAGACUGAAUCCACUCUGGACGCCAGCAUUGUGGAUGGUCCAGCUGUGAAGCUGGAGGAGGUGAGCUCCCAUCAGUCGAGCCCUGACUCCCAGAGGUCUGCGAGGGCUUUGAGUGGAUGUAGCAACCAAGAAGAAGAAGACGGACUUGGAGUUGACCUGUGUCACCCCCUGCUGGUCGGAGUCCUGCUCAACGAAGAGGACGUUGACGGCGAAAGUCAGGAGAGGAAGACGAUGGAGAUGUUUUUACGCGUUAAACAGGGUUUACUGCUGGAGGUGGACAUGCAGCGCGGCAUGGAGAGGUGUCGGCUGGAGCUGGACAGCCUGGCCCGGGUCGAGACCACAGAGGCCGUCUGGACCCGAGAGGACAGGGAGGCUCUGUUCCCUGCUGUAGAGCUUCAUUUCCACUACAUCGUUAAGUCCAAGCGGAGGAGAUGCUACAUCCUGCUGGAUGAUGACCCGCAGCAGGCAGCGCAGGUUUUGACGGAUAUCUUGACCGCCGUGGCGGAGGAAAACCAGCGGCGGGAUUCUGGACUGGGCCCCGGCUGCGCUCGCCUGCAGUGCCUUCGCUGCAGGUCCGAGUUCACCUCCCUUGUGCCAGCUGGUGAGGAGGAGGAGGAGGAGGAUGCUGGAGGAGAAGGGAGGAGGAUGCGACCGGCUGGUGGGGAAGGAUGGUACGGGGAGGAGCAGACAGAGGCUGAUUAUAAUCCUGGCUGCUCAGGAAAACCUUGUGUUUGUCCAGAAUGUGGCAGUGACCAUGUGGUUCAAGUGGCUGAACAGACGGCUCCUCUCAGCAGUACUCCCAUCAGUCGAUCUCCAAGGCCUGAAAGCGAAGAAGAUCAUCUGGAUUUUACCCAGAGCCCUCACAGUGCAGAUAAGCUUGAUGAUGCAAAGGAACCUAUAAGCAGUAGUCUCAUCCUGGACACCGCCAUCACAUCAGUGGAUCCGAGUUUCGUCACAGCCCAGGGAACCUCCUUCUUUAUUGGGGAGGCUUCAGAUGACACCAGCAGCCUCUCCUACAAUACUGAGUGCCAAAGUAAAGAGGACCUGGCUGGAAGCUACCACUACUCCAUCACAGGAGCUACACCACCUCCAGCCGAACCCACAGGGCCAUCAAUCUCUAAGGAUGACUUGGAUCUGUUGUCCGAGGACUACGAGUGUGUGGACCAUCGGCUGAAGCUUUUCUUGGAUGUGGAGGUCUUUGAAGAGGAAGAGGAGCUUCACUCUUUCCUCAAGAUGUCAGCUGUAAAAUUUGGGGAGUUAGGGGAGGUUCCCUCGCUGUUGGUUGUUUCGAACCAGCGGUUAUACUUUCUGGAAAUGACGUCAGAUGGGCGCAGUGGCCCGCUCGCUGAUUGGUUGCAGAAGAAGGAUAGCUACCCAAUCUUGGAGCUCAGCUACCUGGAGGUGGGACUGGGCUCCCAGAGCAUCCACAUGGAGUUUGCAGAUGGAGGUGUGGCCUAUACUCUCCUCGUCAGGGACAGCGUGCGCUGCAAGCGCUUCUUCGGCCUCCUAACAGGAAUCGUCCGUGAGAUGGCCCACAAAUCGGACAGCAAGCUGCAGUCCAUCUCCACCACCAGGCUCUCCGCUCAGCACCACCUCUGGCCUCUUGUGUGCGAAGACAUCCAGGCAGAUGUGGAGGACGGACAGCUGCAAUUCUUCUACAUCCUGGCUUUUGUCCUGCGAGAGGAGAUCUGGUCACCUCAGACAGUCCUCGCAACCCGAGAAACCCUCUACCUCCUGGAAGAAGAUCACCAGUGGAGAAAAACCAGCCCAGCAUCAACUGAAAACAGUGAACCGCGCAGCGGUGCUGUCACCGUGUUGGAAAGUCUUCCAAUCAGCUGCGUGAGCUCCGUUCUGCUGUGGCCCUCGGAUCAACUCAGGAUGGACAUUAACCUGUAUGACGAGACUGUGAAACAGGAGAAGACGUGGUGCAUGCGCUCACAGAGCACCGAGCUCCUUCAGGGUCUGUUAUCCUGGGUCAGGGCACAGUGGGAGGCCAUGUUCGGAGUCAAGCUGCAAACAAGUCUGCAAGACGACCCAUCGUAAUGGACACAUAAAAAAACUACAAUUUUAGGCUUUAUUUCUGUGUGAGUUGUUUGAGGGUGUGGGGGGGGGGGGGGCUGUGAGCAUGAGCCAUUCUGCAUCUUUGUUUUCUCAGCACUCAGUCUGGUCCCAUUAUGCUUGUUGCUUUAAGCCAAGAGCUUGGAAAUGAUUGCAUUCAUUCAUGUGGUACACAAGCCUGUAAAAAAAAAAAAGACUGCUUGCAUAAUUUUUCCUCCAGAAAAAAAAAACCCCAUCCCCAGUGACCAUUUCUACUGCUGAAAUGAAGUGUGCCUUGUUUCUUUGUGAAGAUGCGAUGUCCCCGUCUUGUGAUGCACCUAAAUGCUCGCUGUAUUGUUCCUAAAUCACCUGUAGCAGUAAGCAAAUGUAGGGCAGAUUACGUCGUCUCGGGUUAAUGGUAUUAACAUUUUAAGGAGAAGUAAGCCGAAGAGUUAUCCACCCUUCAGACAGAAUCUCUCCUAUGAGUUGAGGCGUCACACGCUGAACUCGAGGCUCUCAUCAAGGUAUCCCUCAAACAUUUUGACUCCAAUUCUUAUAGUUUGUCAAAAUGUAAAUGGUAGCAGCAGUUUUAUUUAUUUAUUUUUUUGUAUGUUUUCAGAGGACAUCAGACACUCAGCAAAGCCAUAUAUAAAGUUUAAAAUGUUCUUCACAGAUGUGUGGAUUUGAGUUUAUGUUUCCACUGUGAUGUGAGAUUAAAUAGAUCAGGAAAAAUCUAAGCCAACUCAAAUCUAAAUUUAUGUUGUUACUUUUUGACUUAAUGCAGAAUGCUGACUUUUAUUUUUCUAUAAAUGUCUCGUGUGGAUAAAAAAAAA